UCAUCGGCAAACAGAAUGACAACCUGUCCUUUCAGCUCUGUGUGCUUGCCUUGCUCCUUUUCUUUCUCCUUUGCUGACCUCUGCUUUUUUCCUCCGUCCUUCUGCAGGAGUGAGACCGUGCUGCAUCAGUUUUGCUGCCCCGCCCCUGAACAUCCGGAGACCGAUACCUCGGGAUCAUCAAGCGGACAGAUCCUGAGCCUGGAGGAUGGGACGUCCUCUGGUGGAGGACAGGAAGUGAAGGGGCUGAAGAGAGAGGGACCCAGCGAGUAUGAGAUCAAUUUGGAGAACAAAAACAAACAGAUAGAGGAGCUGGAGCAGAAGUAUGGAGGCCAUCUGAUCGCAAGACGGGCAGCGCGCCGCAUCCAGACGGCCUUCCGCCAGUACCAGCUCAGCAAGAACUUCCAGAAGAUCCGCAAUUCGCUGUCAGAGAGCAAGCUGCCUCGCCGCAUCUCUCUGCGCCAUCCCAGCCCUUCAUCCCGGAGCAGGAAUGCGGCCCAGAGACACAGCUACACUCUGCAUCCAGGAGGUGGACAGAUUCCCUUACGCUCAAAAACUCCUCCUCCACCUCCAUGUCGCUCCACAUCUCUUCCCCCGUCACCAGCGUCAGCCCCAGCAAAUGCCCCGCCAUCAGCUCCAAGUCAGGCUCCGUCUCAGACAUCUGGACCUACACUCACACAGCUGGAAGACUGCUUCUCCGAGCAGCUUCACUCCUUGGCUCAGUCCAUCGAUGAUGCUCUUCGCGGUUGGAGCCUGUCAGAGGGAGGAGAGGGGAAGGGACUUCUGAUGGACCCCGGGGCCCUUCGUGCAGCUGCAGAAAGCGCCGGCCUGCCCCGCAGCGCCAGCUCCCUGCUUAUGGCUUUCAGGGAUGUAACUGUUCACAUAGACAGCAAUAGCUCCUACACCAUCUCAUCCGCGACCACCACGACCACCACCUCUCUGGGAAAUGCAAGCGGAGGAGAACCAGGCAGCAGGAAGCCCUCUGUUAGUGGGACAGGCGGCGGAGGGGACGGGCAGUCGAUGGAGGAACCCGAGUUUCCCGCCCCUCCGCCCAGCGAGGAGCUGGAAAUGGUCGAUCCGGGAUCUAGGAGGGGGUCUGCGGCACCAGCUGCCGCAGGGGUUGGGAUGGAGGGGGAAAACAGCUCAGACAGACUGGGAUCCUCCACUUCCACCUCUACCUCCACGUCAAUCUCCACCUCAGUGCAAUCUAAUCAGCAACCUGCUCAAAUUUACACACAGUACCAGCAGUAUCACUACACUCAUCCCCAGCAGGUCCCCGGGGGUCCGAGUCCGGAUUCCCUGCAGGCCCUUGUCGUCUCUCUGCCAAGGGACCGCUGCCAGGAUCCAGCCUCCUGUCGCUCCCCAACGCUGUCCACCGACACGCAUCGCAAACGCCUCUACAGGAUCGGACUCAACCUGUUCAACGUGAACCCCGAGAGGGGCAUCCACUUCCUGAUCACGCGUGGUUUUGUUCCGGACACGGCUAUAGGCGUGGCACACUUCCUGCUGCAGAGGAAGGGCCUCAGUCGACAGAUGAUUGGAGAGUUCCUGGGCAACAGCAAGCUGCAGUUCAACAGGGACGUCCUCGACUGUGUGGUGGAUGAGAUGGAUUUCUCAGGGAUGGAACUUGACGAAGCUCUGAGAAAGUUCCAGGCUCACGUUCGAGUUCAAGGGGAAGCACAGAAGGUGGAGAGACUCAUCGAAGCCUUCAGUCAGCGGUACUGUAUGUGUAACCCUGAUGUGGUGCAGCAGUUUCACAACCCAGACACCAUCUUCAUCCUGGCCUUUGCUGUGGUCCUCCUCAACACCGACAUGUAUUCCCCCAACAUCAAGCCUCACCGCAAAAUGGGGCUCGACGACUUCAUACGCAACCUGAGAGGUGUGGAUGACGGAGCAGACAUCCCCAGAGAGAUGGUUGCAGGCAUUUAUGAAAGGAUUCAGCAGAGAGAGCUGCGCUCCAACGAAGACCAUGUCACAUACGUGAGUCGUGUGGAGCAGUCCAUCCUGGGCCUGAAGACGGUCCUUGCUGUGCCCCACAGACGGCUGGUGUGCUGCUGCCGUCUGUUUGAGGUUCCCGAUGCCAACAAACCUCACAAACAGAAGCUCUCUGCGCUCCAAAGGGAGGUGUUCCUCUUUAAUGACCUGCUGCUGAUCCUGAAGCUGUGUCCCAAGAAGAAAAGCUCAGCUUCAUACACUUUCUGUAAAGCUAUGGGUCUUCUGGGAAUGCAGUUUCACCUCUUCAGCAAUGAGUAUUAUGCUCACGGCAUUACCAUGAUGAGCCCCUUUACCUCAGAGAAAAAGCAGCUGGUUAGUUUCUGCUCUCCCAGCGGAGAGGAGCUCAGGAAGUUUGCGGAGGAGCUCAGAGAGGCGAUCGCAGAGGUCAACGAGAUGGAGCAGAUUCACAUUCAGUGGGAGCUGGAGAGGCAGCAAGGGAUCCAGUCGCAUGGUUUACACACCAAUGGCGGGCAAAUGGACACACACACGGGACAUGGCUCUCCCUCAGGCCAACAGGAUGUGUAUGAUAAAACUGGCAACAACAACACAGUAGAGGCUGCAGACCUAUCAGCUGAGCCAGCCCAGCAUUGAGUCCGCACCCCUGGCCCUGGCUGCACCCCCCACCCUGCUCAGCCCCGUCCAGGCCGGAGAGCUCCGCCCAGAGACCCUCAUCCAGUGCCAGCAGAUU